GCUGUCGUCACACGUGAAGUACGACGAUGAGGGCCGACCUUGCACGAUAGAUGGGGUCGAAAUGAAUGAGGCGCUUCGGCGACUGGUCGAGGCAGGAGCUGAUGUGGUUGGGUUCAACUGCACACGAGGACCAGAAACCAUCAUGAAAUUGGUUGAGAGUGCUACCAAUGCAGGGAUAAAGGUGCCAUUAGCCGUCCUGCCAGUACUCUACAGAACUACGGACGAGUAUCCUUCGUUCCAUUCAUUGCCGGACCCAAAGACAGGUGAACGAGCGUUCCCCGAUAUGGACUGCCUGCUCUGCUCGCGACGAGACGUCAUCGAAUUCGGGCAACGCUGUGCUCAGCUCAAAAUCCCAUACGUGGGACUGUGCUGCGGCAACGCCCCUCACUACACCCGAGCUCUCGCCGAAUCAUACGGCCGCCGCCCCGAGGCCUCGAAGUACUCGCCCGAUAUGGCGAUGCAUGGCUGGUUAGGAACGAAGAAAGACGUCGUCGAUGAGCAUUAUUCUGUGACAAUCAAGUCAUUUCAAAAUAAUUUCUAAUACAAAUAGUCAUGAAAAUUGGAUUAACAGAUACAGUGGCAUCAAAUUUUCUUAAGCUGCUUCUAAAUGUUGAGGGUCAAUGUUCACGUUUUGAUGCAUUGAACCUGUCCAUUCCGAUGUACGUAAUCAUGACAAUACUCAAAAUUUGUUAUCUUCACCAUGUUCACAAUGCAUGAAUUCGUCUUGAUUUCGAAAAUGAAAUUUCAGAUGA